AUGUUAUUAAUUAUCCCUUAUCUUUGUGUCAUAGAUAAUACACCUGUUCGUGGCAAUGCUCUUGACGUCAGCGAUAGUAAAGAGGAUUCGGCCGACGACAAUAUAACCCUGCGUGUUCGGCCGAAUCAAGACCAGAUCGGGCAGUCCCUAUCUCGGGAUAUACAGAAUAUUAUUAAAUCAGAAUUUAGUGCAAUGAAACUGGAUUUGAGCAGCAUCUCUAAUGAAAUUACCUCACUGAGACAAGAAAUACAGGAUAUCAAAAUAGCUAUGGGUUUUAUCAACGACGAACACAAUAAAAUUAAUGAUAAAAUAUUUCAAAUGGAGACAAAGUUCAAGGCUUUUGAUGCUUUAGUUACCAGCGUUGAACACUUAAAGUCUGUAUCCGAAAAAAUAGAAAUGGAUAUAAAUACAAAGGAUCAGUGGGCGAGACGCUCUAACAUUGAAAUCUGUGGUAUUCCAGAAAAGAAGGGCGAGAACCUUCUUCGCCUCACAGAGGAAAUUGCUGUUAAGGCUGGUUUCGACUUGAAGCCCUCGGAUAUUGAUUUUGUCACACGUGUCGCAUCUAAUAGUCAAGUCAAUAAACCCAAACCCAUUGUUAUCCGUUUGCAAGCGCGCUAUAGAAAAGACGAUUUUUUGGCUUGCCUGAAAAAGUUGAAGUUAAUGUGUAGUGAUCUGGGCUUUGCAAAAAAUGACUCUCGUAUUUAUUUUAAUGACCACUUAACUAAAUUUAAUAAAAUGCUCUUACAGCGGGCUAAAACUUUAUCUAAAGAGCAAAAAUAUAAAUAUGUUUGGGUCAAAAAUUGCUCAAUUAUGGUUAGAAAAGGUGACACCAGCCCUGUUAUUCAUAUUGCGAAUGUCAAUGAUUUAAAAAAAAACAAAUAGGCGUUAUUAUGUUUCAAUUCUGUUUCUUUUUUCUAUGUUCAAUCUUAAUUAAUAUAUUUUAUUUAAAUACAAUUUCCUUAAAUGCUUUAUUACUGCGACUUUAUAACAAACUAAUGAUUACCAAACUUUAUUUGCUUGACAAGUGUAUGAACAUUUUUAUUAUUUUUAAUUUGUGUUUAUUAAUUAUGCUUAUAAUCCUCGGUCACCGUGUUGGAUCAUAAUAAUUUAAAAAUUUAUUAUCAAAAUGUUCGUGGGUUGCGCACCAAAACUAACUUAUUCUAUAAAAGCUUGCUUCUUAACGAUUUUGACAUUAUCUGUUUGAGUGAAACCUGGCUAUUGGAUUCGGUGCUUAGUUCUGAACUUUUUGACUAUCGUUAUAUUGUAUAUCGAUGCGACCGCAACUAUGAGGGUCGUGGUGAUAAAAUGGGCGGCGGAGUGCUAGUUGCAUUACGUCGUGAGUUUGAAGUACACAGUUUUGAAAGGGUAAUUUUUGAUCAAUUUGCAGCUGAAGCCAUAGUUGUUACUAUUCGUCUUAAACAAUCACGCUUGCUAAACAUUUACUGUUGUUACUUUCCUCACUGCCCGCAGCAAGUAGAGUCCGAAAAUUACUUUUUUGAUUUAAUCUCUAAAUUACUUUUUGAUAAACCUAACGAUAUUUAUUUAAUCCUGGGCGAUUUUAAUGUAAGCAAUGGGCAAUGGAUACAGGUCGAAGAUUAUAUGGAGUUGUCCGACUCUCUUGGAGACUCAUUAGUAACUAUAUUGCACAAUUUUCUGUCUUUUUCCAAUCUAAAGCAGUAUAAUGUUAUUUGGAACUGUACUGAUCGUUUAUUAGACUUAGUUUUUUGUAAUCGAACCUGUAAUGUCUCUAAAUGUCCGUUUCCCCUACUCGAUGAAGACAAAUACCACCCGGCUCUAGAAAUAUCUUCAUUGCAAGUACAUGCCGAAUUAAUGCGUCACUCUCCCCAUUCAAUCCGUCUUUUUCAUAAAGCCAAUGAUGAGGCAAUUAACAAGUCUCUUAAUGAAAUUGAUUGGGAAUUUCGUUUUUCAAAUCUUGAUAUUGAAUCUGCUACGGCUACUUUUUAUAAUAUCGUUUAUAGUAUUAUCGAUCAACAUAUACCAUCCAGAAUAGUCAAUGUCUCACAUAAAUAUCCUGUCUGGUACACUAAGCCUUUAAUAAAAAUAAU